GUGUGUUGCUAAAAACAGGAGCGAACAGCGGAAUAGGGCAGGCGAUCGCUUGCGAAAUAGCUCGCCGUGGAGGAACCGUGCACAUGGUGUGUAAGAAUCACCAAAGAGGUGAACACGUGCAAACGACCAUCAUGAAUGAAACCGGCAAUCAGGAUAUCCACCUUCACCUUGUUGAUUUAUCGCAGCCCAGAAAUGUGUUUCGAUUUGCGCAAGACUUCAGAGACCAAACAGGAAAACUUGAUGUGCUGAUACAUAAUGCGGGUUCAAUGGUAGCGAAUCGACAGACUGAUCCAGAUGGCAUUGAGAAAAAUUUCGCCGUAAACGUUCUGGCGCCUCACAUCCUUACAAGGCAGCUUAUUCCUCUAUUGCAUAAAGCGAAACCAGGCAGAGUGAUAUUUGUGUCUUCGGGUGGAAUGUUGGUGCAGAAAUUGGACGUGACAGACAUCCAGUGUCAGCGCAUGAAAGCCGGUGACGUCACACUCAUCUACGAUAAUCACAAACGGCAACAGGUGACUCUGGCAGAGUUGUACUCGAGGGAGUACCCGGACGUGUUGUGCGCGGCAAUGCACCCUGGCUGGGUGGACACGCCGGGCAUGCGCGCGGCGCAGCCUGAGUUUGCGGCGCGCAUCGAGCAGCGCCUGCGCACACCAAGGCAGGGCGCCGACACCGCCAUCUGGCUCGCCAUUGCCGAGCGACCCUGCAACAACACCAGCGGCCUCUUCUAUCAGGACCGUGUAGCCAUCCCCCCGCACCUUCCGAUGUCGUUCACAAAAGCGUCCCUUCUGGAAGAGGAGUCCUUCAUCAAGCAGCUGGACCAAAUGAUGGAGCGACUGCGUCACCAAUGACCUACGAAGCGGCUGUCGCAGCCGAAAGCGGUCACUAAUCCAACUUAAUUACACUGGCCUUGUUACCUCGUUACCAUUACAGCAAAUCCCUGCGCCUAGCUACGAGAUUGAAUUGUUUAUCAUCUUACCGUCAAUGUUUCAUAAGAAUUGACAGAAUUGUUUCAUGAUGAAUAUCGUCAAUGUGACGAUAAGUGAUAUCUAUCAGUGGGGCUUGCUUUAUAAAAGAAUUGAAACCCUGUAAUAAUAAAAACCAUUAACAGCUAUGAAUUAAACGUGUAGUACAUGAGCAGCUUAUUCCUGUAUUGUAGGACGUUUAUUAUGGAAUAGGUCCCUGAUUCUAUUCUAAGGCAUGAAAACAGGUGAUGAAGUAAUGAAUGUGGUGAUUCAUGAUUGUUCAUAUAUCAAAUCCCACAAAUUUGUUGUAAUGAAACGGGUCAUGAGGUUAGUUCGUCCGUUUAUUAAGUCGAGUCACUGGUUAUUAACCUAAUUAUUAUAAUUUUCGAAUUAGGAGUACUAAUCGAUGAAAAAAAUUGUGUUGCUGUUGAACAUUCAUGCUUGUUACUACUUUUUGAUAAAAACAACUUUAUAAAGAGUUCAUGCAUUCCACGUGUAAUUUUGGUUUUCCACUUAGAUUCAUUACCUCUAGUCCACAUUCCAUUUUAAACGUACAUAUUUGUGGAGCAAUACGUGAGAUUUAAGAUAUGUUGUAUACCAAUUAAAGGCUUCAAAUAGUUCAUGAUAAACAUUCACCGCAUGAAAUUUUCAAUCUCCAUGUUGUCAUAAUUGUUACCAUUUAGUACUAUCACCUCCCCAAUAUCGACGACUCUAUUUUUGGCUAAAUAAAUAGAUUUAUUGGUUUAUUUUUAGUGACUUGACUUCUUUGAACGGGCGGUAAAAGUUAUAGCUUCGAUAUAGCACCAUAAUUGAUAACGUACAGUACAGGAGUCUUCUGAUUAUACUCAUUUUCACUUACAUUAUGGUACUUUUUUUGCACACAAGGACCACAAGUUUUACCUCUCAUUUUAUAAAUGAAUCUGCUAUUACUGAUGCUGACUAUUAUUCUUACACAUUUUAUGAAUUACAAAAGUCACGAUUUCUCAUUUGUUAUGUAUUUUCUUGUAUUAUUGUUUGAAUGUUGAUUCUAUUUUGUUUGUGAUUAAAAAGCUUUAACUCAUGAUCUUGAUUUAUUUUCUGUACAGUAGUUACAAUAACAAAACCUUAUUUUUUACACGAUUAAUUCUUCAAUUUAAAUUAAACCCUUCUAUAAUCAAAAUAACGUAAUUUUAAAAAUGUACUAUUUAGUUGAAUGAUUUCACAUUAGUCUCUUGCCAAAUAUUUUUUCUUAACAUAUUUUUCUAUAGAUUAUAGGUUCCUAUGAAAGAUGUCCUACAAAAAAUGUCUCUGUCAAGUUGAAGCUUUGAUUAAACUAAAUUCUAAAUUAAUAAUUAAAACACCAUAAUUAUCACCACCAUAUUUUAUCAAAUAAAGUCAAUUAGGCUGCUGUGAAUCAUAUUUUGCAUGCUUAAUGUUGAGAAAAUGAACAAUUAUUAAAUUUGAUAAGUGGAACUAGUACAAAUCAUAAUUAUUCCAUGACUCACAACUAACAAUGAAAGUCACAGGUAUGUGUAGUCAGAGGUAUAUAAUUACUUCAUAAUUUUAAUGAAUGCAUAAUAAAUAAAUUAAUAUUGUUGUCUAAUAAUCGUCUAAAAAUAUAUUGAUGUUAAAAUAAUAUUGAAUGUUUACUUGAUAGGUAAAUACAAUGUUUAAUUGUAUUGGAUACCGUGUUUAAAGUACCUAUUUUAGAAAGAUAGAUAAUAUCUACUUUAUGAAUGUUUAGCAAGUAAAUAAUACUAAAUGAAGGAUAAGGAUAGUAAGAAAUAAAGCGUACUAGAUGAAGGAUAAUGAUAGUAAGAAAUAAAAUGGUAUUUAGAAUACAUUUUUCUUAGAAAUGUACCUGAGUCCUUGAUAUUGAACGCGAUUGAUUGCAAUUAAUUAUCUUCCAUUCUCCACACCAUUAUAAUAUAAUUAUUUUGGAGAUAAAAUUCGCAUUUAAUUCCAAAGAAUAACAGUACCUGAAAUGAGCCAAAAUAAUUAAAAUUUCAAGUUUACUCAAUACAAAAUCAUGAAUUGUAAAAACUAUUGUAAUCAUCAAUCUUUUAAUGUGUUUUAAUGGUUUCAUAUCAAAUAAUUUUUUAAAUAUUCUUAAUUUAAUUACCAAUUUUCAAAUCCUAUGCUUUUUCCGUAAACCAGUAUUUGAUAAAAUUUCACAGUAUAUGUAACAUUAUUAUUGCAUUACUUAAAAAGGCCUACCUUAUAAUAUGAAUAACCCCUGAAUAAUAUUAAAUAGAAUAAGAUGUUCUAAGACAAUCAUUUAACGGAAUAUUUUUAAAUUAUUAAAUUUUGAAAAUUAGAAUAAGGUACACAAAUAUUUAUUGAAUAUGUUCAUAAAUGUCAGGAAAAAUAAAUGUUCCCAAACAAUAGAGUAGAAAAUUUCAAUCGAUAUGAUUGGAUUGAUGUUACUGUAGUUGAAAGGUCUAGAACUAGUUCAAACUCUUUAUAUUAGAAUUGGAGGAAUAAAGUCUAGAUGUCUAGAAACAUUCGGUGUUUACAACAGUUAACUAUUAAAUCACAUAAGGUAUAGAAUAUAGGAUACCUACAUAUUAUAUUCCAGUCUAUAUAGGUACCCUUAAAAUAAAUAAAUGCUAGAUCUAUCAAAUUGGAACAAUUCUACAUGAAGGCCUACUCUACUCUUGUCUUUUAUUUUGUACUAAUUCUUGAAUAGUUGUAUACCGGCCUAAACUUUCAACAAAUUAAAUUAAUUAUUAAAAAAUAAAUUGAGUCAAUAAUUGACAAAUUUUCGUAGUUCAUAUUAGGUUGAAACUAGAUUGAACAACUUUCUCUUGAAUCAGUUAUUCUAAAUUAGUGUAAGAAAAUCUAUUUUUCACAAUUGAGUACCUAAUGAGUAUGAUAUUUGAAUUUAGUAGAAAAGUGACUUAUUGAGUAACUAAAUAAACCAUUGUAAUUUAAUUGAAUGAAUCAUUGAGUGUAGGUCUUGAAAAGUGCAGUAUAUUUUUGUAAUAAUGCCUUGUUUGCUUGUUUAGUUUCAAGCAAUAGUGAUCAGAAAUACUGUGAAAAGUUAGAGGGCAAUCUAAUAGAUGUUAUUUUGAUUCUGUUCUUUAAAAGAAUAGAUAUUUUUGAAAUAGAGUGGUGCUGUUUCCGCCUAAUGUAGUUGAUUGAUGUUAUAAUGUCAAAUUGAUUCAAAAAUAUGCUUGAUAGAUACAAUUCUAGAAAUAUUGCGCUAUAUUAUCAUGAAUAAUGACACUUAAAUGUGAAUGUGCAUGGAGAUUUAAUUUUUUAAAUCUCAUAAAUAUUUUAUGGCAUUGUCAACAGAGCUGUAUAAGAAAUUUAAAUUGCAAUUAAAAAUAAAAUGAAUCUGCAUGAUUUAAUUUUUAAAAUCUUAUAAAUAUUUAAUAGCAAUGUCAAUAGAGCUGUAUAAGAAAUUUGAAUUGCAAUUGAAAAUAAAAACAAAAAAUAUAUUGAUGAGGAUGUCUUUUAAACCAUGAAGUCUAUCGCAUGAUAAUAAAUUCCGUAGACAGAUA